AUGACGCCUCCGAAGAAGGCAACUAGUAGUAAACAAACAAAAUUGAAGCUUCUGUACCGUCGGCGGUCCAACAUUUUGGGUUCCGCCAAUUUAAUAAAGAAGUUUAACGACGGGUUCGAUCCCACUCAAGAAGGUGAAGCGGCACUCAUGAUUCCUUCACUGAAAAAAGAGUCUGCACAAAAACUCGCAGAUCUCGCCGAUGAGUUCAAUCGGCACGUGCAGCUACUGGAUAAACUCGAAGGUGCUGAGAAUCACUGGAAUGCUUUCUUAGUCGAACGAUUGAGCCAAUGUCUUAACUCCGUCACGCUCCCUCUCCCAAACGGCAACACCCAAUCCGAGAUCAAACAUCCCAAAUCCCGAUCCGUCGUGUCGCACGUUGUAUCCGACAACGUCUCCAAGUGCGCCAACUGCAAGCAGGCACAUUUCCUGUUCCAGUGCGAACAAUUCCGAACGCUUUCUCCACAACAACGGUUCGAAGUCGCGAAGAAGCACGGGCUGUGCAUUAACUGCCUGAAGGGUACGCAUCAAGCGGAGAACUGUUCCAGUGGAUCCUGUAAGAGCUGCGGCAAGAAACACCACUCGUUGCUGCACCUGCCACCCCUCUCUUCCGCUCCUGGUCCACAGCCAGGGACUUCGUCGAACAAGUCCGCUGAAGCAAACACUUCGCAGUCAUGCCAAAUGUCGCACUUCGUUCCGAAUCGUGUCGAAAGCUCUCCGCCGGAAGAGCUCGCCGUUGCCCCACCACCUGUCUCCGCGGAAGUGAUUACCCAACCUCGGCAGUCAACAGUCAUUCUGUCAACAGCAGUGAUAAAAGUGAAAGACGCCGACAAUCAGUACGUUCUCGCCAGAGCCCUCCUGGAUAGUGGAUCACAGCCGAGCUUCAUCUCCGAAGCACUUUGCCAGAAACUUUGUUUGAAGCGGACAAAGCUGAACUCGCCAGUCAGUGGGAUCGGACAAUCCGUCGUUAACGUCCGCUACGCUGUGACACUAUCGCUUACUUCUCGUUUCGAAACCUUCACUGCUAAGAUGGACAGCCUCGUGCUACAAAAGCUUCCCCAAUUCAACAUCAGCCAAGGCGUGGACAUCAUCAUCGGAGCUGCUCUGUUCUUCGAUCUUCUCGAGCACGAUCUCAUCUCGCUCGCCUCUGGCUAUCCAACGCUACAGAAAACAGUGCUUGGAUACAUCAGCACCGUCGCUCGUGACAACACGGGCCGCUACGUCGUUCGUCUUCCGUUCAAGGAAGAAAAGGUGCCGAUGCUUGGAGAUUCGCACACCGCUGCGCUGCGAAGAUUCCAACAAAUGGAGAAAAGAUUCGCCGUCGAUGAAGAUCUCCGUCGCAGCUACUCAGAGUUCAUGGACGAGUAUGAGAGAUUGGGUCAUAUGGAUUUGGUUCUCGUCGCGUCGCAGUUUUUCCUCCCACACCAUGCUAUCCAGCGACCGGAGAGUACGACCACUAAAACGCGUGUGCUAGCCGACGACGAAGGACAACGAUUCCCGCUGGCCGUGCCAGUGGUAUUGAAAGACACCUACGUAGACGACGUGAUUACUGGAGACGACGACCAUGAUACAAUGGCUGAGACUUGCAAGCAGUUUAGCGAAAUGAUGGAGUCCGGUGGCUUCGUGCUUCGAAAGUGGGCUUCGAACUACAAAACAGUUCUGUGUCACAUUCCAGAUGAACUGUGGGAAACAUCGGCAGAGCUAGAGUUUGAUCGUUCGCAAGCCGUCAAAGCUUUGGGGUUGUUGUGGUUCCCCCAGCGGGACGUAUUCAAGUUCAAAGUCCCUGCGCUACCAGAUUUGCCUGCCGUGACAAAGCGGAUUGUCGUCUCCGAGAUGUCCCAACUGUUCGACCCACUCGGACUUCUUGGACCCGUGGUCGUGAUAGCAAAGAUGUUCAGCCAAACUCUCUGGGCAGCAGACCUGUCGUGGGGUUCUGAGAUUUCUGAGAUUGGAGCAGAUUCAGCAGCAUGGCGGAGAAAGUACUGUGCUGACAUCGAACGGCUUCACCAACUGGAAGUUCCGAGAAGAGCUCUCUGGAACACUCGAAGCCAAUACUCUAUCCAUUGCUUCUGCGACGCCUCGCAGAAGGGUUACGGAUGCUACGUCUACAUCGUCUCAUCGGACGAGCUUGGGCAGCUCCACUCGCAUCUCCUAACAUCGAAAUCUCGUGUUGCACCACUUCGUGAACAGCCGAUUCCACGGCUGGAGCUCUGCGCAGCACUCCUCGGGAGUCAGUUGGUGCACAAUCUACUGACAAACAUCAACUUGUCUGCACCAGUCACAUUUUGGACCGACUCAGCCGUCGCACUUCACUGGAUCAAAUCCAGAUCGAACACCUGGAAAGUUUUCGUAUCUAACCGGGUCGCAGAGAUCCAACGCCUGACGAAAGAUGCCCCAUGGAUGCAUGUACCGACCGAUCUUAACCCUGCCGACCAUAUCUCCCGAGGAAUGCUUCCAAGCCAGAUCCUAGACGACAAGCUGUGGUGGCAUGGUCCAGCGUUCCUCACCUCCCCCGUCGAUCAGUGGCCGGAGAGUGUGGUUUCGAUGCCGACCAAGUCGGAAAUUGAAGAUGAAAUGCGUCCAUUGGUAUCCCUCCCGCUGAACCAACGCAUUCUGUCCUCGCUGUCGCCGAAAGAAAUAGACUUUGCGCUGAAGUCGAUGGUACGCCUUGCUCAGAGCCAGGAAUUCCCAGCGGAAGUUUGCUUGUACCACCGCAAAGAGACGGACAAAUCUGUCUGCGUCGCAUCGAAAUUGCCACUCAAGAAUUUGAUUCUUUUCAUGGACGAGUUUGGACUUCUUCGGAUUAACGGACAGUUGAAGAAUCUGAACGCUCCAAUCGAUACCCGUCAUCCGAUUAUGUUGCCAGCCAACCACCAACUGAGCUGGAUGAUCGCCAGGUCCGUUCAUCUGCAAACGCUUCACAGUGGCCCUUCGCUACUGCUCGCCACAAUGCGUCAACGUUUCUGGCCACUUCGGGGGAGAGAUUUGGCUCGUAAGGUCGUUUGCCAAUGCGUUACGUGCUUCCGAUGCAACCCAACAUCUGCAAGUCAGAUCAUGGCGCCUCUAUCAUUAGUUCGCUUCAGACCUGCCCGAGCCUUCGCGUAUUCCGGGAUGGAUUACUGUGGGCCGUUUUUCGUUCGUCCGAUAAUUGAGAGAGGUGCGUCGGUUAAAGUCUACGUCGCGUUAUUCGUAUGCUUGGUGUUGAAGGCCGUACACCUUGAAGUCGUGCCGGAUCUGUCGUCCGUCGCGUGCAUAGCCACUAUCAAGCGCUUUGUCGCCCGGCGCGGUCGCGUCCUCGAGUUGCAUUGCGACAACGCGACUACGUUCGUCGGGGCCGAUCGCGAGCUGCGGAAUCUGCGCAAGGAGUUCCAGCAGCAAUUCCAAUCCCAGGAAUGGGCCGACUUCUGCUCCGGAAAUGGGACCGUUCCGUUUCAUCCCUGGUCGUUCUCCACACUUCGGAGGCAUAUGGGAAGCCGGAGUAAAAUCAUUUAA